UCAGCCCAUGCAUAGCGCCGGUAGUUGCUUACGCUCAGCGGGCCUUUAAUGAAUGCCCGAUCUAAACGCAAUUUGACCGGACUUAAGUUUUUAGUGCCGCAUCAUUUCAUUCAAAACGCUCGCUUUAUGGUGUCCCAUCGUUGAACGGAAAAAACUCCCUUAAUCACAAUGGCGACCGUUGUGGAGCCUAUUUUGAGCCCGUCGUCGCUUCUAUCGGUAACGAAUGCGUUUUUCUACCUGUUGGUCCCCACGGUCGUCCUAUAUUAUGUUUACUACAGGAUGGGCCGAAAACGGCUCUACGAGCUGGCGGCUAAAAUACCUGGACCCGAUGGAUACCCACUUCUCGGCAACGCCCAUGAGUUUGUAGGCAGCUCUAACACGAUAUUUGAGAAAAUGUACGAAAGGAGCUUCGAGUUUACUCCAUCGUCUCCUGUCAAAGUCUGGAUUGGUCCUCGGCUUUUGGUAUUUCUAACAGACCCGCGAGACAUUGAGAUAAUUUUGAGCAGUAAUGUUUACAUUGACAAAGCUCCUGAAUAUAGGUUCUUCGAGCCUUGGCUAGGUAACGGUCUACUUAUCAGCACAGGUGAAAAAUGGCGAGCACACAGGAAACUGAUUGCACCAACUUUCCAUCUGAAUGUAUUGAAAUCUUUCAUUGAUCUCUUCAACAAGAACAGUCUGUUGACUGUUGAUAAAAUGAGGAAAGAAGGCAAUAAGGCAUUUGACGUCCACCAUUACAUGAGUGAAUGUACCGUAGAAAUUUUGUUAGAAACCGCAAUGGGUGUUGACAAAAAAACGCAGCAGGCCAGUGGUUUUGAAUACGCCGCAGCUGUCAUGAAGAUGUGUGAUAUUCUCCAUUUGCGACACACGAAGGUUUGGUUGCGACCAGAUUUCCUCUUCAAUAUGACCAACUAUGCUAAGGACCAAGUCAAAUUACUUGACUUCAUCCACGGAUUAACGAUCAACGUCAUGAAGAAAAAGAAGGAUGCUUAUUUGAAAAACAAACAAGCAACAAUAGAUAACACAAACGUCUUCAACACGACCGUAUUUGAUGAUCUCCGAAAGGCGCGGUUUGACAGUGAGAAAAAGACUGAAACGAAACCGAAACAGAAAGAGGUCACGGAGGUUGUCAAAGGUUCCUCAUUUGGGCAAUCUGCUGGACUGAAAGAUGAUCUGGACGUGGAAGACGACGUUGGUGAAAAGAAGCGUCAAGCUUUCUUGGAUUUGCUGAUUGAGAGCGCAGAAAACGGAGUCGUCUUAACCGAUGAAGAAGUCCGAGAACAAGUUGAUACCAUCAUGUUUGAGGGUCACGAUACGACGGCAGCCGGGAGCAGUUUCUUCCUUUGCGUGAUGGGAGUGCGACCAGAUAUCCAGGAGAAAGUAGUGGAGGAACUGGAACAAAUAUUUGGUGAUUCGGAUAGACCGUGCACAUUCCAAGAUACACUAGAAAUGAAAUACUUGGAAAGGUGUAUCAUGGAGACUUUAAGGAUGUACCCACCAGUGCCCAUCAUUGCCAGGGAGCUACAAGAAGAGGUCAAGCUAAAGUCUGCUGAUUUAACUGUCCCCGCGAAGUGCACCGUCAUCAUUGGAACAGUGAAGCUGCAUAGAAAUCCAAAUAUCUAUCCCAACCCCGAGGUGUUCAACCCCGACAACUUCUUGCCAGAGAAAACUUCCAACAGGCAUUACUAUGCAUUUGUGCCGUUCAGCGCUGGACCCAGAAGUUGUGUCGGUCGGAAGUACGCUAUGCUGAAGCUGAAAAUUUUACUUUCUACAAUCUUAAGAAACUACAAGGUCACCAGCGACGUGAAAGAAAAAGACUGGAAGCUUCAAGCCGAUAUCAUCCUUAAGAGAACUGACGGUUUCAUGAUUCGUUUAGAACCCAGGAAAAUGAAACCAAAGCCGACAGUUGUAAAGGCUCUUUAAGUUUAAGAUCCACCUUUGAAUCAUAUAGGAAUGAAAAAAUAAAAAAUAUUUGUGAAAAAUUAAAACAUUGAGAAAAUGAUUUUAGAAAAGUCAAACUCCUCAUGAAAACUCUUUAAAUCAUAAAUACAAAUAUGUUCACAGUUGCACGUAAGUAUUUUCACAGUUAAGUAAAAUUUACCAUGAUCUUGGCAUUCAGGUACUUCUUGUAAUUUAACAUUGAAUUUGGUGUCGUUGAUGCCGGGGAAUUAUAAGAUUUUUAGUCCGUUUAGAAAAAUGUGAAAAGCUAACAUUAUUUAAUUUUUACGAAAUUAUCCACGCAAUGUGAUAUUUUAGACCAGUUGGGGAUAUUUUUUAUGACGUAGAUAAUAUGCACCGCACUUAUUUGUGUUUUCACUAGAAGAAUUUUAAAAAAAUUAAAAAGAAUCAGAAACAAUGAAAACAGCAAUCUGCCAACUUAGUCGACUUAGGAUUGGCAGCAACAUUGUUUGUUGAUUAUUUUUAUUUGUAAUAUAGUGCCCACUCCAGCGCAGAAAACACGCUUAUCAUCACAUAUUUUCGGGCUUUUAAAAUUGGUCAAAGUCUCGCCAAAAGUCGUGAGCGAUAGGUCGGAAGCGUACAGGAGAUACAGAGAAUGAAUGGGCCAGUGGCGUGGCGUACUUUGCGAUAGAUCGAUUGAUCUGCCAUUUAAACCUAUGGAAAAGGAUCGAUAAACAGGGUGUUUGUAACAAAUCCCUUACUAAUCGAUUCUUUACCAUAGCUUCAAAUGGGAAAAUAUCGAUACUCAUUCACGCCUCGCCACUAGAUUAGGCAAUUUAUAGUUAAGUCGCAAGAAAAUCACGUUGAGCUCAUCGAAAAUGUAUAAAAUACACUCUAAAACAAAAAAAUUGGCGUCAACUGCAUCGCGCAUUUCCAACUUUAUCACGAUAUUUUUUCUUAGUGGCCAACCAGGUUUGCUCAGAAACCAAUACAAAAACCAAGCAACCAAACGUUAAUAAAUGAACAAUCUCGCUUUUCCCAUUAUUUCUCACCUGCGAUUUCAAUCGUUUUAACGCAUGUCUCUCUAAGAGAGUAACUUUCUGAUGAAGUAUCUAAUUACUGGUAAAUUUAAAAAGACCCGAUGUAAAUUGCGCAAACUGUGCGAUUUGGAGUAUAUUUUUGACAAGCGUUUUGAGUUGAAAGUUCUGCUGAGCUAGCAAAACAUAGGAUAACGCUCUUGCUUUAAACGUACUUGCUGCUGCUUUUAUAGAUUUAAGAAUCACCUGUAAAAAUUUAAUUUGACUACACGUACAUAUUAGUUUGUUGUCCUAAAUUUUACUUUCAUGUAUUUAUUGUUAAAAUGCUUUAUCAUUGUUAAAUAUUAUUUAAUCAACAUAAAUAUGAUGUAUUUUUUGUUUUCAACAUAAAUCUACCAAUUAUUCUUACA